UAGAGGGGUUUGAAACAUAAAUGACAUCCACAUGAACUUGAGCCUUCUUAGAACCUCACAAUCUUGUAAUAAUAUCCACAUAGGGAGAUACUGCAUAAUCAAACCAAACAAAUUGAAGAAGAAAAAAAACAGCACAAUAAUACAUGAGCUUAUCCACAAGUCUAGGAGUGCAUUUUCCACAGUUGUUUGUUUAACUAGAAUUUACACAAAAAAGCAUAGCUAGCAUGGGCAUGGAGAACUGUUUACGAGUGACCACAGUAGGCACAGCCACACCCCAAUGCCUUUCUCCAUUCUUUCCAUCUUCAAGGGAUAAGCUUGUCUUCCCAACUCACAGAGGUUUCAAGAAAUCCUUGCAAAACUCAACACUGUCAUGCCCUUCUCUUUACUCAACCGGUGCUGCCUAUAGAAAGUCCCGUUUUGUUUGCAAUGCUCGUGAAGCAGUAAAUGAAGUUAAAGUGGUGACUGACUCAAGCUGGAAUAACCUUGUGAUUGCAAGUGAGACCCCUGUGCUGGUAGAGUUUUGGGCACCGUGGUGUGGUCCAUGCAGGAUGAUAGCGCCUGUUAUCGAUGAGUUAGCAAAGGAUUAUGCUGGAAAAAUUGCAUGCUACAAGCUUAACACAGAUGAUUCUCCAAACAUAGCAACACAGUACGGCAUCAGAAGCAUACCAACAGUUCUGUUCUUCAAGAAUGGAGAGAAAAAAGAAAGCAUAAUUGGCGCCGUUCCCAAAUCUACACUGUCCGCAACAGUGGAAAAAUAUGUUGAAUUAUAAACUGAGAAAAUGAUAAACAAUUGCAUGCAUUACAGUGCUAGAAUUGAAGGGAUGGAAUGGGAGAAGUGACAAUAGUGACAUUGCAAAUUUCAUUCUCUUCAAUUCUUUUCCAUUCCUUAAAUGGCAAUAGAUAGUGUUUGUUUAUAAGUUUAAAGACCAUCUUUCCUUCUGGGAUUUGACAAUUUUAAGUAAUACUUGUACUCUUAUUUUUCAUUUUGUAAAUGUUACAUUGGAUAAUCAAACUUCAUUCAAUGAUUGAAUGUUGAUUACUUCCUUGUGCA